GCAUAAGCGGUGCACCGGGUUGUAAACUUCCGGUAUGACGGAUAAUCUGCUUUAGGAGAAAGCGAAGUCGAAGGAGUCAUGAUUACACUGUCCAAGAAAUUAAAACAACAGACACCUGUGAAAAAGGAAACUGAUGAAAUCAAAAGAAUAUCAAUCCGGGACAAACUUCUGGUGAAGGAGGUCCAGGAAAUGGAAGAAAACCUGCCCAAGACAUGUAAAGUAAACUUUGGUAACCCCAACGAGCUCCAUCUCUUCUCUCUGACUAUAACUCCUGAUGAAGGAUUCUGGCAUGGUGGAAAGUUCUUAUUUAAUGUAGAUAUACCAGAGGAUUAUAAUAUUGUGCCCCCACAGGUUGUGUGUAAUACAAGGAUAUGGCAUCCAAACAUCAAUGAGGACGGUGAAGUUUGUCUAAGUUUACUACGACAGAGCUCUUACGACAGUCUAGGUUGGGCACCAACAAGAAGACUUAAAGAUGUGAUAUGGGGUCUCAACUCAUUGUUUUCUGAUUUACUCAAUUUUGACGACCCACUUAAUGUAGAUGCUGCCGAUCACUAUUCACGUAACAAAGAAUCAUUUAAGAGCAAAGUGAAAGACUAUAUACAGAUGUAUGCUGCUAGGUAACAGCGUGUGCAACUUAACUACAAAACUAUUGGAUGCCCAUUGUGUAACCGUGGUAACCUGCAAGUCCCUGCGUUUCUGUUAUAAGCUAGGCUAUUGGAUGGCUUGUGUGUUACCAUGGUAGCCUGCAUGUCUUUGUUUGUCAAACUGACAAACAUUGGAUGGCUAGCGUGUAAUAUGUGUAUUUUUAAUUACCAUAGAGACUACUAUUGGUGGGCUAAUGCGUUACCACCAUGAUGGCUCACAUUUUCAUCACAUUAUUGAAGAUAUAGACUAGCCAUUAUAUGUAGUCAUUACGAGUGUCCUCCGCGUGUCAACCAACGCUAAAAAAAAGACUGUAUGGAAAUGCAUGCUCACAGCCUCGCACUUCACAGCAACCCCUGAAAAACUGUGUGACAUAUCCCUUUAAACAGAUCUCAAAAUAUCACUGCAGUUUUGAGAUAACCGAGAUCAAUCAAUUAAUUUAAUAUAUGGAAAUAUAACAAAACAAAUGUCAGCUGCUUGUUUUUUAUGGUGGUAGCGAUAGACUGUUUUCUGUCAAUGAGUCAGAGGCUGACGUGACUUAUUAAAUAUCAGCGUAUUCAGGGAUUAAUGCAUGUAAGGAUUUAUGUGUUUGAAUGAUCCUGGUGCCCAACAGAAGAUUUGGUGUACCAACUUAACAAAUCACUCAUAGAGCCGUCUCCAUAAUGCUUUCCAAGACCAAGUAAACAAAUUUCUUGUUUUUUGGCAUGUUAGUUAUAAUACAGUAACUGUAAACAUAUGUAUUUUAGUGGUUAUCAUAUUUCUAGUGCUUACACGCAGAAAGAAUUCCACUAAAUUAUAACUGCACUAAAUGAAGUUUCUUUUUUUUGGGUUUCUACAAGGCAAUUAUUGCUAGAGAGCCAAUUCAUCAUUGUGAUCAUCUGUUUAAUUGGUUAUGCAUUAAAAUUUGAGAACGAUAGGAUAAGUUUUUUAACAGUUGUCAUUCAGGAUGAUAGAAUGUGCAUGGAUUGAUGCGAGCUAAAUUUGGGAAUGUUAAAGUUGUAAGACAACAAUUCUGGAUACUUAAUCAUAGAAGAAAGAUUAUUUACAUGCUUUAUUAUGGAUCCUACACGGGUCAAGGGAAAGCAAAUGAUAGAGUUGGUAAUUGUUUUUGUGAAAUUGAACCUUUUUGUUUAUUAUAAGUUUGCAGAUUAUUCAAUGUAUUGAGUAUUUCUUGGUCACAUUUCAAUCUACUUUUAUCUAGAUUUAUAUAUCUGGAAAACCCUGUGGUACAUGUAUUUUUUUAACAUUUUAGCUCACCAGGUUCAGUGAACCAUGUGAUCUAUUCUACCUUGUUGUUGGGUCCCAUUGUCUAUCAUUUUCAACAGACUACCAGACCAGAAAACCUGAAACACAUUUUGACUACCUGGUAAAUCUGAAAUGGAUAAUUGAAUUUCAUAAAUCAGGAGCGUUGUCCUCUAUUGGUGAUGCCACAAUACAUAAAUAAGCCUGUUUCAUUAAUUUUACAGAAUCUUUAAUACAAAAAAAAAAAAUUGCAAAAUGUGGUUCACAAAAGCUCUCCCUAGACUUCAGAACCCGGGGAGGUUGCUUAUUUGAGAAUGAAUACGAUACCUAAGUUUCAUUUAUCUUUAGUAAUGAAAAAGCUUGUGUGUGCUGAAGAGAUUUAAAGCUCAUUAAGACUGUGGAGCUCAAUUGGUUUUAAUUGCCUUUAGAAACUAUUAAUAAUUAUAUAAUAAUAAACCCCCUGGUGAUAUCUCUAAACGGGAGAGGUUCCACAUAUGGUGUUAAUGAUUAGAUCCUGACCUUUGACCUCUUGUGGGGGAUAAGGCAACAUAUGUUUCCAUUUGUUGAUUUCAUUUAAAAUUUAAGUGCACUGAAUAUGAAUAAGUAUGGUGGCAUAUUUCUGCCAUCAAUUUGCCGACUUACGACUUAAAGAUGUCGACAUGUCCAAGAAGAUGUCAAAAUCAUAAACAAAUACGUCAACAUAAUUUGAAUUUUUUUUUUGACCUAUUAGCUUGAUUGCCAAGAUAAUAAUGCCAUGAUAAUUAUCUAGGAAGACGGAAACUUUAUAUUGUACGGCGGCAUAUUUCUGCCGUCGACUUCCUAGAUAAUUAUCACGAAAAUAUAAUCUUGAAGUAAACUAUUAAGUUGACAUAUUUUUCGGUUUAUGUUGGCAUGUUUUUUGAUGAUGUCAACAACUUCUCAGAAAUAUGUUGACAUAUUUAAGUUGUAAGGCGAAAGCUCAAUGGCAGAAAUAUGCCACCAUACAUAAGCAUGAGAUAAUACUGUUCCCUUUUGAUUCCAUCAGCAGAUAUACAUCCUAGAGGUGUAGGUUUUGGUACAUUAUUGCCUUGUUUCAUGCAAAGUAAGUUAUUGUGAAUAAAAUGAAUUAAUUUGGGAUUGAGAUUUUAAUUAAAUCCUAAUUUUUAAGUUUCUGACAAUUUAGUGUAAUUAUUUGACAGUUGCCAUCAGAUUGAUUUGUAAUGAUUAAUUAGCACUGGUAUUCUGUGUCAAGACUUGUUUAUUUCAUUGUAUGUUAUUUUUCUUUUUCUUUUUUUUUUUGGAAAUAAGUUUUCUAAAAGUUUCUAUAAAUGAAACGUCUCAUUAAUUAAUUUGCAGAGCAAAUUCAAAACUACUGCGGGCCGCGGUGGCCGAGUGGUUAAGGUGUACCGACACUUUAACACUAGCCCUCCACCACUGGGUUGCGAGUUCGAAACCUACGUGGGGCAGUUGCCAGGUACUGACCGUAGGCCGCUGGUUUUUCUCCGGGUACUCCGGCUUUCCUCCACCUCCAAAACCUGGCACGUCCUAAAAUGACCCUGGCUGUUAAUAGGACGUUAAACAAAAACAAACCAAACCAAUUAAAAACUACUGCCACAUGCACUUUUUCAUUUGCUAAAUAUUUGUAAUGUUUCAAGGUUUAAAUGGGGAGAGGUACCCAUAGGCUUCCUCCAGUAAUGUUGACACCAAAGAAUUUAUUAUAUUGAGCUUGUUUGAUAUUUAAUUACAUAAUUUAUCAUUUUUGGCAACAUUGUACAACUCUUAAUUUACUCUAACUUGAACUAUAUUUCACAGGUAGUAUUGAUGGAAGGUUCACAAUGUUUUACGAUUUUGAAUAAAUAUACACUUUUGUAAUAUAACAAUGCAGUUAAUGAAGCAUUGUCAUUGCAUUUUUAAUGAGUCAAUUAGAUUCUGAAGGGAAAUAUACCCAAUCCCCAUACUUUUGUAUUGAACCCCCAGUUGUACAUAACUUUACAAUGAGUGCAAAUGCAUUACUCAAGUACCCAGUGGUGUUACGUUUCAUGAAAUUUUAUAUCUAUGGAUGCAUUUGGUAAUGAACUUAGUUUAUUGUCAUUCAGUAUUCAAUAAAUAAAAUGAUGUACCUUUUAAUAAAUAUGUUGUUUACGCA